AUGGUCUCGUCCGUGUACUUCCCAAAUCCACGGCAAAAUGGAUUCCGCGACAAGGGCAGAAAAUCAACGCUGCCGUCCUACUCUUCCGCUGUCCAGGAGAAAUUAGAGCAACGGGCGUACAAGUCCUGGUGGAUACCCGUCUUCCUCCCGCUGCCCGGAGUCCGAACACGUCGAUUUCGCGUCUACAUCCCCAAUGCCACGCGGAUACACCAGUCCAGCAUUGCGCGUUUCGGUCGCAAACGUGGAACGCUGGUGUCAUGCCUGGCUCUCAUUUUCAUCAUUCUGACAACCUUCGCUUUCACGAAGCGGUUUGCGACCAAGUCAAAGCAAUGGCCGACUGCUUUUGUGGGGCCAUCAUCUACUCUAGUGUUUCGCAGACGGGACUUGCAGCGGAUAUGGCAAUGGGAGAUUGCGAGCGGGCACCACCCCAGUCGGAAGGACAUUCCUGAUGGUAUACGUCUGACGGUCGCGCCGGAGAAUCCAGCACUUCCCCCUCGGAAAGGAACAAUGCCUUCUCACCUGAAGCCGACGUCUGGUCCCGUUCAAGUGCACACCACCGGCGUAGGUCAGCGACGAAUAUAUCUUGACAUUCAAAGUCGACCGCCCAACGUCGCGUACCCCCCUCGACCGGUUCCAGGCAGUAUUGCAGACCUGGACAUUGUUAUGGAGCAUUGCGAUUUCUCCGAGAAAAAGUAUGUGCGCGACUGCCUUGAGGUACUGCGCGUGGGCGCUGGCCUAGACAAUGGCAAACGGGUGAGGAGGGGCAAGAUGGACGACUGGAAGUAUAUUUAUGUGGAGCAUGUUGCCAAUGGUACAUAUGAGCCACCUCCAAUUGAAUUCGAACCCAGUGAUACCGACGUAUCCGACUCUGGACUCUCCAAGAAGCGGGGGGUAGAUUGGGAAGCUUCGCCGAUUGCCCUCCCUCCACCUUUGCCACAUAGACCGUAUCCUACGCUUCCCCAGGGCCCAUGCGACGAAAACCAUCCACGAAUAUUCCAUAUGUUCUGGACAGGCCCGUUCACCGACAAACCAUACGUUUCCUUGCUUUCCUUCCUCUUUACCCAAAAUCUCGGACUUGAAACACAAGACGAUAUAUCCGAUAUAAUAUGUAAACCCCAACUAUGGGUAUGGAUCAAUCCUGGACCUGCCGCCGCUAUACCCACUACAUCAGCAACUCAAAGCCUCUUCGAAGAACUCAAACACAAUCCAUGGUCUUCACCUUUCCUCCAUCCCCGAUUCAAAGAAGCUAUACACUUCAAGUUAUGGAAUACCACCGAGCAGUUGGAUAGUAUACCGGAGCUCAAGGACGAAUGGAGAAACUACGACUUAUUUGUCUCCGGAGGCGAGAUAUACAGCAUUCCCCAGCGGAAACCGUCGAGUACGGAAUCAGCUGCAGGGAAAACAUCCUCUGAAGACGAUCUCUUCAACCGUACCGGUUCCAAAUCAUCUCAAGAGUAUGAUCGACUGUCGGUCAUCCUUUCUGAUAUGGCUCGUUUCGUUCUAUGCCAUCGAUUUGGAGGAACAUAUCUUGACGCUGACACCAUUUUCCUCCGGGACUGGGAAGAUCUUUGGGGAUGGAAGGGCGCGUUUGCCUACCGUUGGUCUCGUCUGCCCAAAUACAACACAGCAGUCCUCCACCUUAACAAAGGGUCUGCCUUGGGCAAAUUCCUCAUACGUACGGCACUGAGAAAUAAUAACGACUUCCACCCAAUGGUCGUGUAUCGAUACGCGAAGGAAGCUCAUAUGGAAGGACUCUUGCUCCGACUGCCAGACGCAUUAUUUGAUCCCGCUUGGCUGAAUACCGAAGACUAUCAACGCGACCGGCCAACGCAACCUUACUUUACGGCUUUCCCGGACUUCUUCAGUACGUCUGGCGUAUACAGCGCUCAACCACAAGCACUUGGCUUCGAAGGCUUCUUCCGAGGGAGUUAUUCCUAUCAUUUCCACAAUUCUUGGUGGACAGCGUUUGACGAAGCGCGCAACUGGCCAGACCUCGGUCCGAAGUUCAGCGCGGCCGAGCGUGCUGCACGAAUUAUAGCGAAAGCCAACGAAACAAGCCCCGACGAGGAGAGCGUCGCAGAUGAUAACAGAGAUCUGAGCUGGGCCACAGUGCUCAAGAGAACAUUUGAGGCUUACAUCCGUGGCGAACGACCGAAUAUGUACGGAGAGUGGUUGCAGUGGUGA